UCUUAAGGACUUUGAUAUUUCGGACAUAACUGUAACAAUGAACCAUUGCUCGUAUAGAUAAUUUUAACUGUGGCAAAGCAGCAAGGGGAAACUACACAACACAAACCUGGCAAUAUUUUAGUCUUUAAGUGCAACUAGUGCAACAAUUUUGGAACAAACACAAGAAACACUGCAACAAGAAGCCACAACCGACCACCCCCCACCCCAUCCGCAACGGAACGGGGCAGAAAGUGCGUAGAAUAUCUAAUCAAGAGCCAUGGACUCGGAUAACGACAACGAUUUUUGUGACAAUGUCGACUCGGGCAAUGUCUCUUCGGGCGACGAUGGCGAUGAUGAUUUUGGCAUGGAGGUGGAUAUGCCCAGCUCCGCGGAGCGCCAGAUGGAUCCCGAUGACUACCAGUACAAGGUGCUAAGCACAGACGAGAUUGUGCAACAUCAGAGGGAGAUAAUCGAUGAUGUUAAUCUGCUGCUUAAGCUCCCUACCACAAAGACACGAAUUCUGCUGAAUCACUUCAAGUGGGACAGGGAGAAGCUAUUGGAGAAAUAUUUCGAUGACAACACCGAGGACUUCUACAAAUGCGCACAUGUCAUAAAUCCCAACAACGUCACCGAAGCAGUCCGUCAAAGAACCACACGCAGCCAGUGCGAAGAGUGCGAAAUAUGCUUCUCUCUGCUGCCGCCAGACUCCAUGACCGGAUUGGAGUGCGGACAUCGAUUCUGCAUGAUUUGCUGGCGCGAGUAUCUUACAACGAAGAUCAUGACGGAGGGUCUAGGCCAGACCAUAUCGUGCGCGGCGCACGGCUGUGAUAUCCUAGUGGACGAUGUGACCGUUACCAAAUUGGUGAUCGAUGCACGGGUGAAAGUCAAAUACCAGCAGCUGAUCACCAACAGCUUCGUGGAGUGCAACCAGCUGCUGCGAUGGUGUCCGUCCGUCGACUGCACGUACGCGGUGAAGGUGCCGUAUGCGGAGCCGCGCCGCGUCCAUUGCAAGUGUGGCCAUGUGUUCUGCUUCGCCUGCGGCGAGAACUGGCACGAUCCGGUCAAGUGCCGCUGGCUAAAGAAGUGGAUCAAGAAGUGCGACGACGACUCGGAGACGUCCAACUGGAUUGCGGCCAAUACCAAAGAGUGUCCCAAGUGCAGUGUGACCAUCGAGAAGGAUGGCGGCUGCAAUCACAUGGUGUGCAAGAAUCAGAAUUGCAAAUACGAGUUCUGCUGGGUGUGUCUCGGUUCCUGGGAGCCGCACGGCUCCUCCUGGUACAAUUGCAAUCGCUAUGACGAGGACGAGGCCAAAACGGCACGCGAUGCCCAGGAGAAGCUGCGCUCAUCGCUGGCCAGGUAUCUACAUUACUAUAAUCGCUACAUGAACCACAUGCAGUCAAUGAAAUUCGAGAACAAAUUGUAUGCGUCCGUGAAGCAGAAGAUGGAGGAAAUGCAGCAGCACAACAUGUCCUGGAUAGAGGUUCAAUUUCUGAAAAAGGCUGUCGACAUACUUUGCCAGUGUCGCCAGACUCUCAUGUACACGUACGUGUUCGCGUAUUACUUGAAAAAGAACAAUCAAUCCAUGAUAUUCGCUGAUAAUCAAAAGGAUCUGGAGUCGGCAACAGAGACGUUGUCCGAGUACUUGGAACGUGAUAUUACAUCUGAAAAUUUGGCUGAUAUUAAGCAGAAAGUGCAAGAUAAAUACAGGUAUUGUGAAAAGCGCUGCACUGUACUGCUCAAUCACGUGCACGAGGGCUAUGAUACGGAGUGGUGGGAUUAUACAGAAUGACGAGAGUCAUGGAUAGAUAAUGAUAACUAAGCUAAGCCAGCGAUGUAUCGGAAACGAGUGUAAAGCAAGCUGAAAACCUUUCCCCACAUGCCCAUGCCCAUCAUAGCCCAUGCUCAUAGCCGUAACCGUACCCGUAACCGUACCCGUACCCCAUCGGGUAAUCCCAAUCUAAAUUAAAAGUUACCCCCCUUAGCCUUACCGGCCCCCC